AUGGUGAUCGCGAUCACCAAGUAUUUCGACUGGCCACUGGACCAACUCGAUGUGGUGACAGCCUUUCUCUACGGAGUGAUGAAGGAGAAGGUGUACUGCGUGAUACCAGAAGGCGUCGAGAUGGAUGGCGACUUCGACUAUCUCGAGUUGGUGAAGGCGAUCUACGGUCUCAAGCAAGCUUCACGUGUGUGGAACGAGACUUUCGACGAGUUCGUAUGCUCCAUCGGUUUCGAAGCGUCGGCGUUCGACCCAUGUCUCUACAUCAAGGUUGUCGACGGUCACUGUGUGCUCGUGCUGGUCUACGUGGAUGACGUGUUGGUCACCGGCAGCUCGCUCGAGUUGAUUGCGCAGACGAAGGCCGACCUCAAGACGCGUUUCGAGAUGACCGACAGUGGCAAGUGUACUUUUGUACUGGGCAUCGAACUGGUGGACGAAUCGGAUGGCAGCGUGACAAUGUGCCAGCGACGGUAUGUCAACGACAUCCUCAAGCGCUUCGGCAUGGAUGAGUGCAAGGCCACAGCAAGUCCGGUCGACUUGAGCACUCGGCUUGUCGCAAGCACCGAAGCGGCCAAGAUCGACGUUCCGUUUCGUGAAGCUGUGGGAGCUUUGAUGCACUUGACGACUGCGACGCGCCCGGACAUUGCGUAUGCUGUGGGGUACGUCUCGCGCUUCAUGGAGAAUCCGCAGCAAGAACAUUGGACGGCGGUGAAGCGCAUCUUUCGUUACUUGCAAGGGACCAAGUCGCACGGACUCCGCUUCCAGCCAAGCGACAAGAUCGACUUUCGUGGCUACUCGGACGCGGACUGGGCCGGCGACCACGCUGAUCGCAAGUCGACUUCGGGUUACACUUUCAUGCUGAUGGGUGCUCCUGUGAGUUGGGGAAGCAAGAAGCAGUCAAGUGUGUCGCUGUCGACGAGUGAAGCGGAAUACAUCGCACUGAGUCUGGCCAUCCAGGAAGGCAAGUGGGUGCAUCGCCUGCUAUGCGAGAUUUUGGCGGCCGCAAACGAACCAGGACCGGACCUCGUCAUCCGUGAAGACAACCAGUCGUGCAUCAAGAUGACGAAGAAUCCGGUGAAUCAUGGCCGCGCCAAGCACAUCGACAUCAAGUACCAUCACAUCCGUGAUGAGGUCAAGCGCGGGGAAGUGCAGCUCGAGUAUUGCGAGACUUCCGUGAUGAUGGCGGACAUCAUGACCAAGGGACUUUCGGGACCUCGUCACAAGGACUUGACGACGGCUCUCGGCAUUCGUGCGAGUUCGGAUUGA